AUGCAUUUUCUGGUGAAGAAGCCUGGCUGGCUUGUUUUUGAUCCCAGUGAGUAUGGAGAUGAGGAAGUCAAGACGUUUCAGGUGAGGCACAGAGAGGGCCGCACAAACACAAAGCUCGUGAAGUUUGAAGAUGGAUCUUGGUACCUCAAGAACGGAAGCCAGAUGUUUCCCCUGAAGGCAGUGCCUUCAAGAAGAGACAUCGGUGUUGGAGCUAAGGAAGGAAACGUUAUAUACAUCCGUGAGGUCCUGGACAAGAAAUGGUUUAUUAAGAUGAACGGGCCUGUAGGAGAGUGA